AGCAUCGAAUCAAAUCUACUUGCAAACAGCUCGGCGCGCCGUCUGUGUCUACACCGCAUAAUGGGGUGCAUUUGCCGACUCCAUGCCAUGAUAGUGUCCUCCGAUUCCUCUCCCGAUCACAAGUGCGCAAAUGCUGCCUCGGCACGAAAAACCGGCCAGACCAGGUCCGCGCUUGACUGCAUACGUCAACACACUGCGCUAGUGCAGACGCCAGGUGCUCAGAAGUCAAGCACCAUGCAUCCCACAUCCCUCAGUCAGUCAAUCAGCCUGCUUUGGCACUCUUGAGUCGCUCCAGUUCGGCGGCCACUGGAUCCGGUUGAGGUGCCACUGCUCUUUCCCACGACUUGGAGGGAUCAAGGAGGUCAGUGAGGACACGCCAGAUGACAGGCGAGGCUCGACCUGAGCGUUGUGUGGGGGCAGGGCAGCCAAAGAGAAGAUUGUCCGCACCCGCGGUCGACUCAGCUGUGAUGGUCACUCACCCCACAGUAUGGCUGCGCUAAGAUAAGAAGCCCAGCCGACAAACUGCACGCAGAAGAAGCUCGGCGGGAAAAUGACUGUGGUGGACCACUUGGCCAUGUUGGUCCCGAACACCCAGCACAGAUGUAUCAUCGCUGAUGGAGCCCGACAGACAGACAGACAGACACACAUCCAUAGGAUCAUAGCGCGGGGACGGCGAGGGGCGGCUGAGACGAGCGCUUACAAACGGCAAUCCCAAAGAGCAGCGUUGCGCCUGCCUGGUCGCCUCGCAUGAUCCACCAGUGGUCCCGCUCAGCUGCACCCGUCCCCAUCGCCAUACCAAGGAGGGCACAGAGGACUGCAUGAUUCACGAUGGCCGACGACAUCUGAAAGCAAUUACUGAUCAAUGAACGGUUGCAACAGCCAUCUCUGCACCCGCCUUGUGAGUACUGUACCGCAGCGGCCUUGGCAGCGUCGAGAAGGUGGCCAGUGAGCGGCUGCAGGCAAGGCGGCAGCUGCCAGGCGUUGAGAGCAGUGCCCUUGCGGCUGCUCAGCGGGACCAGGGGCUGCUGCUGAACAGCCGGGAACAAAACGCCCUGUGGUCGUGGCGUCCCUCCUCCAGCGAGAGAGGGUAGAUGGACGAAGGAAGGCACAACGAGACGAUGCUGUCGAUGUGAUUUGGUGACUGCGACACCCCAGAGAACGGCGGAAAGGAACAGGGCGCUCAUAGAUCUCAUGAUGACGACUGCUCCGCCGCAAGAUGGAAAAUAG